AAAAAAAAGCAAAAAAAAAAAAAAAAAAAGUACGUCACGUUUCACUCACUCGGGCUGAAUAUGCAGCUCUUUUUAUUACCUUUUUUUUUUUUUAUAUAUCAUUUCUUCUUUUUUUGUCAGCUGUAAACAACAAUGUCACAAUCAAACGUAUUGGAUCCUUCAGUUAUACUUCAUUCGACUAGUCAAAUAGCUAGCAACCUCCAAAAUACCCACGAUGCGUUAGCCGCUGCCUCCCAUGCCAUUAUGCUUGGCGUCGGUUUUCGUUUUGCAGGACUUGGCGACGAUGCACGCCAAGAGGGUGACGGAACCACCACACAUUUGCCUGACACUUGGAACGCCAACGGGCCUCAUUGCUAUCAAUUUAGAUAUAGUCAUCCUCAGUCUAGCCUCACCUUUGUCAUUAAAAUUGUCAAGCUGGGUGAUAAAUGCAUCAUCCUUGGUCUCGGUAUUGGGGACAAUAAGACGGCCAUGCUAGAUAUUACCACACAAGAUUACACUUCCGAAUCCUUCUUUCCUUACACGGAUACCAGUAAACCUUUAGCACAUGGAUUUAUCUCUUCAGAUCGCUUCCAUGAUUUUAUCAAGGCAUUCAAGCUAAACAUCUUGCAGCGUUUGAUACCCGGUUUAAAUAAACCUGGUUAUGAGGACAAUACCACCACAACGAGUUCAACAAGACCUUCUACUGAUACAGAAAGACGCCAACCGAGAUACAAUGAUCCACACUCAUUGGAAGAUCCUGCCUUUGUCGAUGUCGGUGGAUCUGAUGUGAACCCUUUAGGUCGUGGAGGAUUAAGAAUGCCUGGUGGUGGUAGUGGCAGUGGUGGUAUGUUUGUUGGACCUGAUCAUCCUAUAUUUGGAAACAGAGGUGGGAGUAGCUUGGAUGAUCCCUCUGGAUUAUUCGGUGGACCGCAACCGUUGCCAAGAGGGUCUGUGCCUCCUGGCGCACGAUUUGAUCCUAUUGGACCGUUUGGAAGAUUGCCCGUAAGACCACCUGGUCGAGGUGGACCUCCUCGUGGACCUCAUGGUGGUGAUCCUGAUAAUGACGAUCUCGCUCCUCCAGGUUUUGACAAUAUGUUUAUGUAAACAAUAAAAAAAAAAAGCUUAUUCUAAUAAUAAACAACAUCAAAAAAAAAAAAAAAAAUUCUCAAUCAAAAAA